UGGUGGGCGCACACCAUGGCCUCGCUGGUGACCUGCUUUCUGUCGCUGACCCUGCUGCUUGACCUUGUCGCUGAGCUCCAAGGUUCGGAACAGUUACAAAUAUCGUAUGCGAAGACACCCCCUGAACUUGGCAAGGAGUUAAAGCUGAAGUGCAAGGUGCUGUUGUCCACUUCGCAAGGAUGCACUUGGCUCUUCCAGAAGGACGGCUCCGGAGUUAAACCCACCUUCCUCCUCUAUCACUCUAUGACCCGGAUCAAAGUGAAUGACAAACUGGAUGAAAACCAGUUCUCUGGCGAGAAAAAUGACAAAGAGUACACCCUCAUUCUGAAGAAGUUCGGCGAGGAAAACCAGGGCUACUAUUUCUGCUCUGUGACAGGCAACUCGGUGGUGUACUUCAGUCCUCUCCUGCGGGCCUUCCUGCCAGGGAAGCCUACCACGCCAGUGCCGCGACCACCCACACCAGUGCCCACUGUCGGGACAUCCCGGUCCCCAACUUGCCGGCCCGGGUCGGGUGCCUCAGUGGAGAAGAGGGGAUUGGACUUCGACUGUAAUAUCUUCAUCUGGGCACCGUUAGCCGGAAUCUGCGGGGUGCUUCUGCUGUCCCUGGUCAUCACUCUCAUCUGCUGCCACAGGAACCGAAGGCGCGUGUGCAAAUGUCCCAGGCCUCUGGUCAGACAAGCAGGCAAGCCCAGCCCUUCAGAAAAAUUUGUGUAAGAUGGCGCCAGGAAGCCACAACCAUUACAUGAUUUCAGAGACCUCUUCAUUCAAGAGAUCAAGCCCUCCUUCAGCAUUUCCCACAUUCCUAUAUAUUGUUCUCUGUAUUAUUUUAGUGGGGGUGGGGGUGGGAGCCAUUUCUUUUCUUUAUGCAUUCAUUUUGGCACAAAACAGGACCACACAAUGUCUACAGGACCACAAGGGUGUCAGCUCUGUUGCUGCAUGCACAGAAUGGGGUAAAGAGCAGAGUGACACCAGAACUAGCUGAAUUUUCAGGGUUAGGCGACAAUCAGCACCCACUUGCUCAUCUACAUUCCUUGUCUGCCAAUCACAUAAAAGAGGCUAAAGGUCAGAGAUGGGGUCAGCCGGGUCUGUAGGUCAGGAGAGAACCCAAGCUGGAAGAACCUUUACCGGCUGGCUCAGGGAACUUGCCUCCGUACCUUGAGCUCUUUGCUGGGCUGUGCCUGUAUAGUGUGCAGGCUGUGUAGUGGCGUGGUUCUGCUUCAAACCACAAGGGAAUGAGCAGUGUCACCUGUGAUCUGCUCAGUGCUGGCCAUGAGUACAGAUGUCACACAGCAAAGACACGAGAACUUCCUUUAUGCCCCUGGACAUUAGAGCUCCUGGCAAGGGGCAGUGAGACAGGCAGUACUAACUCCUACAAGUCUAGGGGUAGAGUCCUGGACAACAGCUCCCUCUGUUGCUAAAGACCACUGCUGUGAAAUCCUGCAUUCUUUCUGCCCUUGCACUCAGAGGGUGAGGUUUGACAGAUACGAGUGGAGUAUCUGAGCAGCUGUCGACAUUUCUAAACAUCUGGACUGGGAUGUGCUCGUGGGGUCACAAGUAUGUUUAUACUUUAUAAACACAGAAUCCUUGGAGAGCAUUCCUUAGCAGCCCUGGGAGGCAGAUGUGCAGAUGAGGCAGGGCAGGCUUGCGGGAAGAGGCUGGCUGUCAAGACCGCUAUCCCCAUGUGAAUUUCCUCUCACAGUAUCAUAGAAGCAACAGAUGCUAUGGAAUAAAAAAAAAAAACUUGAAGGAACUAAGAGUCAUCCAUGAUCUGAUUCUUUCCCAUGCAUAUAUAUGUAAGAAAGACACCUUGGGCUUUAAAAAGGGAUUAUAACAUAUUUUUGUA